AUGGGUCAAGAUGUUGCGCAUGCUAAGGCCCUCUUGUCUAAGCUCAUGGAUAUCCCCUACUCCGACCUAAGCUUGUUCUGCGAGGGGAAGCUUAUGUUUGACCCGCUCUCCUUCAACGACUUCCCGCAGUUGGGCUCUUCGACAGUGAUGGACAUCGAUGUUAAAGUGAGAACUCCUACGAUGUCUCAGUUGCUUGGAUUCUUUCAGAUCACGACGAAAUAG